AUGUUUUAAAAAGUUUAAAAAUCUAAUUCCUAAAAAAGUAUUAAUAUGAACCUAUAAUAGAUUUGAAGUAAAGAUUUUUCAAAGACUUCUAACUUGUCUCCGAGCUCAAAGAUAUAAAAUACUCACAGAAUGAAAAAAUAAUUGCUUAUGAAGGAAAUGGAUAUGAAAAUGCAAUUUUAAAAAGUUAAUCAAAGAUUCAGAUUGACGAUAUUAUUGAAUUUAAAUUAAAAAUAAUAUCUAUUUCUGGAAGUUUGAAAAUAGUUGUUGGGAAUACGCAAAAGGGUAGCACAUAUUUUACAUUCUAUGGACCGCAACAUUAAAUUCUAUAAUAAAUAUAUUUAUGGGGAGGAGAAACAUUACAAUUUAUAUUAGAUAUGACUGAAUAAAGCAUAUAAGUUGGCUUAGGUAAUCAAACUAUUGUAAUAUAAAAUUUAUUAAAUUAUUUAGUAAAAAAAAGAUCUCAGAGAAGAGUGGUUUCCAUAAGCUUUGAUAAAUGAUCCUUCAUCUGAAUAUUAUUUAUAUAUUGGUUUUUCAGGUUGUUGCAUUGAGAUUUUAGAUGAGUGA